GCUGCCAUCUGCGACAGCAAACGUGCCCGGCUUGCUCAUUGCUUUGGAAGAGUCCGCGGAGUUAAAUAAUAUCUGAUAAUAUCAGAAGUUCUGAUAAAACGUGCGAAAAUAUUAUUCCGAUUGAAAAAGCACAAAGAACGACUGUACAAGAAAUGGCUGAUUUAUCAGGAUUCGGGGGUUCAGGAUUUGAACAUAAUUCCGACAGCAAGGUAGCAGGAAAAGGUAUUGAUGCAGAACUCCAAGGAUUUCUGAUGCAGGAACAGCAAAAGGCACAAUUGCAAGCACAGGUUCACCAAUUCAACGACCUGUGUUGGGAGAAAUGUGUCGAGAAGCCUGGAAUUAAAUUGGAUAGUCGAACAGAGACCUGCUUGAACAAUUGUGUAGAUAGGUUCAUUGACGUUUCUAUGUUAAUUACAAAUCGAUUCUCCCAAUUGUUACAAAAAUCAGCUGGUGGAUUUUGAUGAUUUGAUUAUAUGUCAAGCUUUAUCGUUAAUCGAGAGCACUCUCGUCAGAUUUGUUACUAGCAACAUUUGCCAUAGCAAUUUUGGCAAAUUUCUCAUGAUUCACAAGACAUUUCUGUUUAAGAAUAGUGCAUAAAUUUCGUAUUAACGAAUUUGAUGUAAAUCAAUUUCAAAUUGCUGGUUCUUAGAAAUAUCACCAUGAGAAAUUCUCGAUAUUGAAAAAUCAAUAGUGACGAUGUUUUUUUUGGAUGUAUCCUGAUCUAAUGAGAAUUUCCCAUUCUUGUUAUAGUAAAAAGGUUUUGCAAAGUCUGUUGAACAAUUUUACAAUAAAUUAUAUUCAAAUAAGA